AUGAUGUAUCUUGGCCAAAGUUUAUUGUGUUUUCUCUGCAUUUUCACAAUUGCAAACGCCGGUGGACGUACACUCGUUCUUCUAGACAAUCUUGGAAUCAAAGAAACACAUUCAAUAUUUUUCAAAUGGCUCCAAGAUCGUGAUUACACACUGACAUACAAGCUGGCAGAUGAUCCCAAUCUACUUCUCUCAAAGUAUGGAAAUUACUCAUACGAGCAUCUGAUUAUUUUUUCACCGUCAGUCGAAGAAUUUGGUGGAGCAUUAACUGUUGAAACAAUAACUGAAUUUAUUGACAACGGCGGUAAUGUUUUGGUGACUGGUUCGUCUCAUUCCGGUGAAGCUCUGAGAGAAUUAGCGAGCGAGUGUGGCUUUGAAUUGGACCAAGAAAGUGCUAGUGUUAUUGACCAUCUAAACUACGACGUAACUGAUGAUGGAUAUCACACUAAAAUCGUCGCUGAUCCAGAGAACCUUAUCAAUGCACCGGUCAUCGUUGGAAACAGACAAGUUGCUCCGUUACUUUAUGAAGGAACUGGGUUGAUUGCUGAUAGGGAGAAUCCUCUGGUUCUUCGAUUACUUACAGCGUCCAGCUUGGCGUACUCAUACAAUCCUAAACAACCGAUCAAAGAUUAUCCUCAUGCUGUUGGGAAAAAUACUCUGCUGAUUGCUGCUCUUCAGGCAAGAAAUAACGCUCGUGUUGUAUUUACUGGGUCUCUUUAUUUCUUCAGUGACGAAGCUUUUACCAGCGCUGUUGAAAAAGCUCAAGAAGUUGCUAAAUCAAUAACUCAAUGGGUCUUCAAGGAAAACGGUGUAAUUCGUGUGUCAUCUGUUAAUCACAACCGAAUUGGUGAACACAGUCCGCCAGUUGCUUACACCAUUAUGGAUGACGUUAUUUACACAAUUACUGUUGAAAAAUUGAUGGGUGACAAAUGGGUACCUUACGAGGCCAAUGAUUUACAACUUGAGUUCGUAAGAAUCGAUCCAUUUGUCCGCAUGACCAUGACACCGUCUGGGUACGGUCGGUAUGAAGCACGAUUCAAGAUUCCUGAUGUCUACGGUGUCUACCAAUUCAAAGUCGAUUACAACAGGAUCGGUUUGACUCACUUGUACAGCACCACUCAAGUAUCAGUUCGUCCUCUUGAACAUACUCAGUACGAACGAUUCAUACCAAGUGCAUACCCAUACUACGCAAGUGCAUUCUCAAUGAUGUUCGGUGUUUUCAUAUUUUCAUUUGUAUUUCUUCACUACAAAGACAAUAGCAAAACAAAUGACGAAGCUUUUACCAGCGCUGUUGAAAAAGCUCAAGAAGUUGCUAAAUCAAUAACUCAAUGGGUCUUCAAGGAAAACGGUGUAAUUCGUGUGUCAUCUGUUAAUCACAACCGAAUUGGUGAACACAGUCCGCCAGUUGCUUACACCAUUAUGGAUGACGUUAUUUACACAAUUACUGUUGAAAAAUUGAUGGGUGACAAAUGGGUACCUUACGAGGCCAAUGAUUUACAACUUGAGUUCGUAAGAAUCGAUCCAUUUGUCCGCAUGACCAUGACACCGUCUGGGUACGGUCGGUAUGAAGCACGAUUCAAGAUUCCUGAUGUCUACGGUGUCUACCAAUUCAAAGUCGAUUACAACAGGAUCGGUUUGACUCACUUGUACAGCACCACUCAAGUAUCAGUUCGUCCUCUUGAACAUACUCAGUACGAACGAUUCAUACCAAGUGCAUACCCAUACUACGCAAGUGCAUUCUCAAUGAUGUUCGGUGUUUUCAUAUUUUCAUUUGUAUUUCUUCACUACAAAGACAAUAGCAAAACAAAGUCUGAAUAA